CUUGACGGGGUGUAAAUAUGUAUGAUAUGCAGUGAUGAAAAAUAUGUGUUCGAGGAAGGUGAGAUGACCCUCUUGGAGGAAGGUGCCACGCCCUCCUCACAGAACUCUGUCGUGGUGAAUGGGCGUGCAUGCGGCGUGGAAGAGGGCAAAGAAUGUCGCUUUUGAACGCCUCUACAAGGAUAUUGAGGAGAGAGGCAGUGUUAAUCCACUGUUCCGGCUUGCUAAGGUGCGCGAGAGGAAGGCCCGAGAUCUGGAUCACGUGAGAUGCGUGAAGGGCGGCGAUGGUAGAGUGUUAGUUGAGACUGCCAAGGUGGCUAAGCGCUGGGGGGAGUACUUUAGUGAACUCUUAAAUGCGGGAGGAGACCAGAGGCUAGUUCUUGGUGAGUUUGGACAUCCCGGGGCGUCUCGUGUGUAUUGCCGGCGCAUUUGCCUGGAAGAGGUGGUUCGGGCUCUUCGCGGGAUGCGUAGUGGGAGAGCUUUGGGACCAGAUGAGAUUCCGGUGGAGUUUUGGAAGCAUGCGGGUCGUGGUGCGUGGGUUUGGUUAACCAAACUCUUCAAUGUUAUCCUCCGGACAGUUAGGAUGCCUGAUGAGUGGAGGGAGAGUCUCUUGGUCCCUCUGUUUAAAGGCAAAGGUGACAUUCAGAGCUGCGAGAAUUUCAGAGGCAUCAAAUUGCUUAGCCACACCAUGAAGGUUUGGGAGCGAAUCAUUGAGUGUAGGGUGCGAAAAGGGGUUUGCAUCUCUGAGAACCAGUUUGGUUUCAUGCCUGGCAGAUCGACUACAGAGGCCAUUCAUCUCGUGAGGAGGUUAAUGGAAGAGUAUAGGGCUAGGAAGAAGGACCUUCAUAUGAUGUUUAUUGAUCUUGAGAAGGCGUAUGAUAGGGUGCCUAGAGAGGUCUUAUGGAGGUGCCUUGAGGCAAGAGGAGUUCCCAUCGUGUACACUCGUGCGAUCAAGGAUAUGUACGAUGGGGCUAUGACUAAGUGUUGUUUUCUUUGUUCUAUUUCCCCCCCUUUUACUCUUUUACGUGGGGAGAAUACAGCGAGGGUUUUCGCCGGUAGAAAAUCCACCACCGCCGGCGUUUUGCGGCGAGUUCAGCGUGGCCAGGGCGUUCAGUGCGUCGUCAGAGACCAAGUUCAGCUGAGUUCUACGAGGGUAACAACCUUAGAUCUAGUAGUUUCAUGCUAGGAUCUGUUGUUUUGAAGAUGAAAUCUGAGUUGUUUCUUGAAGUUGUGUUGAGCUAACUCUGGUUGUGUUUUUUUUGCUAAGUUCUUGUUUGUAUCUGCAAUAUAUCUUUGUUCUGAACUCGAAUUUGCAUUAUUCCUGAUUGAAAAUGUUGUUUGCUCAGUUCUCUGGACUUUUAUUUACGAUUUCAAAGUUAAUAUGAGUGAGUGGAUGCUUUUAUCUUGUUUCGGAUUUGGGUUAAAACUUGCUUAAUCAGUGAAGAGGUGUUAGAAGUCAUGCUCGUUUUCUAUCUUGAGUAGACUAGUUGAAGUGAAACUAUUUUUACCUGGAUUUAACCAAACCAAACAUGUAACUUACACCCUAAGAGUACAUCAAAUGCUGUGUGGUGUAAAUCCAAGUGCCAAUUAGCUAAAUUUAUUGAUUGAUUGGCUCACCCCUAGUUUUUACUAGCUACGCUUUUUCUAACAAUUA